UAUCUAAUUGACAUUGUGAGAGUUCAUAUAUCUGACGACGCGGUGUCGAUCAGCUACCGGAAGAAUAUCAAUUUUUUUUGGAGGGGAUAACCAUUUCCAACCAAUUUUUCUCUACUAUUCAACGAUUCUUGAAUUCUGAAAUCCAAAAAUUUUCCUCCCAAUUUCAAACGAGUUAGCUCCUCACUUCCAUGGUUUCUGAGAUCUGGUAGCUUAGCUCAUCAUUCGUAGCUAACCUCUUUCAAAGUUCAAGAUGUGCCAUGAUAAUUUCCACGUUCAUUCUUUAGAAGAGGCAACGACAGCUGAAGAUAGUCUCCUAAUAUAUUGCAAACCAGUAGAACUAUACAACAUUCUUCAUCUUCGUUCCCUUAACAAUCCUUCUUUUCUUCGACGUUGUUUGUAUUACAAGUUACAAGCUAGGCGAAAAGAGAGGGUGAGCACCGGAGUUGUAAUUUUCAACUAUAGGGACUACAACAACAUAGUUCGAAAAACUGAAGUUUUGAUCCCAAUUUCAUUCUCGAAUUAUGUAGUGACCGAAGACUUCUCAUGUCCAUUUUGUUUGAUGCUAUGCGCAAGCUUUAAGGGUUUGCGCUACCACUUAUGCUCUUCCCAUGAUAUGUUCAACUUCGAGUACUGGGUGACUGAAGAAUAUCAGGCAGUGAAUGUCUCUGUGAAAAUUGAUGUCUUUAGACCUGAGACUGUAGCAGAUGGGGUGGACCCACAACUACAAACUUUCUUCUUCUGCACAAGACCACGAAAGCGCAAAUUAAAGAACUCUAUUCAGAAUGGGAAGUAUGUGCAGUUCUUGGAGAUGGACUCACCUGGACCUGCCACAGAAGGCAUGCACAAGGGAUUUGUCGGGCAUAAUGCUGAUGGUGUGUCCUGUGAAAAAGAGGGGAGCCAUUCAUUCCCCAUUGAGACUUAUUUGCAGAAUGCACAACAAGACGGAGAAAAUAUUGGCCCUGAAGGUCCUUCCUCUAUGGAGUGCAUUGAACGUGUUGCAUCCAGCUCAAAUAUUCCAGGUUUCUCAGUGGCUAUCAAUCAAUCAUCUACAGGUCCUGAAUGUUAUAAAGUGCUGUCUGGAAGUGAUCAUUUACAACCAGCCAAAGCAAGGAAGUUAACCGUAGAACGAGAUCCUAGAAACCGCAUGCUUUUGCAGAAACGGCAGUUUUAUCACUCUCACAGGGUUCAGCCUAUGGCUCUAGAUAAAGUACUAUCCGACAAAGAUAGUGAGGACGAAGUAGAUGAUGACAUUGCUGAUUUUGAAGACCGAAGGAUGCUCGAUGAUUUCGUGGAUGUCACCAAAGAUGAGAAGCGGCUUAUGCAUCUAUGGAACUCCUUUGUUAGAAAACAAAGGUUGCUCCUUGCCAGCGUUAUAUUCCUUAUCAAUCCUUUCCUCUAUACUGUUUAAUUCUACUUUAACAUGGGUGCUAGCUGACGGUCACGUGCCUUGGGCAUGUGAAGCAUUCUCAAAACUUCACGGGAAAGAGCUUAUCUCAUCUCCGCCUCUCUUUUGGUAAUGCUCUUCAAAAUGUUUAUAUAUUUCCACGGUUAAAUUUGAUGCUUGCUUUGUGAUACUUGUUCAUUAUUUGUUGUGUUUUGUUUUGAUCGUUGGCUGCUUGAUAUUUAUUCACGGUUGGAUAUUUCUGACAAGGGCGCAUCAAUAAAGGUUUGGAUAACUGAUGUACUGAUGUAGGUAGGGCUCAUUUUGAAGCUUUAACAAAGUAGACCUUUUUUGCUUAGCUGCGUGAUGAUUGGUUGAGCUUGAAACAAGACAUGAUGACAUUAGGUGAAAUCUCCUCGGGCAAGCUUCCAGAGGCUAUGCUUGAAUUGAAACAAGACUUCUUUUAGGUACAUGAGUUACCUUUAUCCUACAUUGGUUAGAAUGAGAUGGCCAAUGUGGUACUUAAAUAGCUUGGCCUUCUCACCUCAAUAGUUAACUUUUAAAUGCAGAUCUACAAGGUGGUUAAGUACCUAAAAUGUUUUUUAUUGAAAUAAAUACUAAAUUAUUGACUACAUGGAGGAUCUGUGGACAGGCAGCAAGCUUUUUACGUCACUGGUAAUUGUAGGAAAAAGAACACUUGAGAUGAACGAGCCCCUAGUUGAAUUGUGCAUUGGAAUGAGAAUGAGCAUCAGUGUAAUUGAAGGCGGGGUAUAGAGAAGCCGAUUAAAAUUUGGAUGGCAAAACUUCUAACAUGAUUGAUCCCAACACGUGUUUGGCAACCCUUGGAAGAGGUGCCGAAUAAGGAGAAUGAUUCCAACUCCAAGGAUGAAGAAGAGUGACAACCAAGAACAUCAAAUCGUCCUAUGGUGGUCAGUUGAAUUUUGAGGGCUCCCAAUUCUUUUACUUCUAAUUGGCUACGAUGAGAUCUUACAGUCUUUUCAUCAAGGAAGAGUAAUUUAUGGAUUUUGUACAAGACAAUUGGGACAAUCGAAGCUUUUCCUGUGGUUCUUUGAGAUAUUCUUACGAACUAGGUUCUUGAUGUUGGGUUUUCUCGAUGCCAUGAAAAGCACAAAAAAAUAGUUCUUUCAAAUGUUAACAAAAGGUUUGAUUAGUUCAAUAAACUUGUGGAAACUUUUGGUCACUUCAGUACUUUUCCUUCUGGAAUCUCAACUCAAGUUUAAUCAGUAAACUUGUGGGCCUUUCAAAGCUUGAAGUUUGUGUUUACAGGUAACCAAACAUGUGAAUGGCUGGUCCUAAAAUCAUUUUAUUGGUUUUGAAGCCUUUUGGAAGUUUGAUGAGACCAUGUUGGAUGACAAGAUUGAACUUCUUCCAGACCAUAUUAACGCAGCUUCUUUCUUCCUCUCUAGUUUGAAUCAUUUGCCAAUAUAACUAGGAAUCUUUUCUUUAUUCGAGUAUCUAGUCCAUCCUAUUUGUGGUUGGAAGGGAGCCCGUGGAGAUCCAUUUCGAUUUGGGUUUCGAAUUCGACAUUCUUUGGCUUUAAAAAUAGAUCCUGAAUCAUCUCCUUUUGCAGGUGUUGGAGAUUGUUCAUGAUCAAGCUCUGGAAUCAUGGUCUUCUUGAUGCAUCUACCAUGAACAACUGUAAUUUAACCCUUGAAGGAUUUAAAGACGAGAGUUCGAAUGCUAUGAAAAACUGUAGAAGAGAUGACGAUUAGCAGCUUCUUCGGCCUAUUACAUUCUUGUUCAUCGUUAACUAAUCAUUUAUAGGUUGGAGUUAGUUCCUUUACAUUCAUUAUUCAUAUGGGUUACCUUUCUUUCACAACUUCUAUCGAAGGAAAAGAAUGAACCUUAUAUUUCUACUAAAUUUUUGCCACUUCUAGUAGAUCAGAACUUUUAUUUACUAAUGAUUUAUAGGGCUGAUGAUCGAUUGGUUUAGUAAAUGUUCGAACAUACCUCAAUAGUAAAAUUCGGUCGAUAAGUUUAAUUCUUCUAAA